UUACGUGUUUGGGGGAAAACCUGAUGUUAGUUCUGUCUGAAGUCAUUGUAACGCUACUGCUGUUUUGCGAAUAAGGUGGAUGAAUGAUGAACGAAUAUGUGAAGUAAAGCAUAAUUACUUUUCAAAAUGAAUCUCGCGAGGAUUAUAGUUUUGUAUCUAUCUGCAGGUGCAUCUGUAGCACAGCCAGUCAUAUCUCCUAGAGGUGAAGUGAAUGUUGUACAAGGUGACAGCCUGACAUUGACCUGCUCAUAUUUAAAUCAGCCGGAGAAUCCCUCUGACCUCUGCUUAUGGAGUGUGUAUCGUGGAACGGGGUGGUUAGGUCAGGUUUAUCUAACAAACCCACUGUGCACACUUCUUUCUGGUAACACUUCAUUGUAUGGCUUCACAUGUCUGGGGAAUAGGACUUUUACGCUGACCAUUAUAAGUGUGCAGUCAAGUGAAAUAUGGAAAUGUGAGCAGCAGUUAAAUGGAAGAUACCAGGCUAGUAAUAAUGUGACUGUCAACAUGCUAGUUCCAAUAUUGAGCGUGUUCUUUACCAAUCCUGCAGUAGACAACAGUGUGAGCAUAGUUGAAAAUACAACCAGAACAUUCACAUGUCAAACAUCUGGAGGAAUUCCAGCUGCCAAUAUCACGUGGUACAAGACCAGCGGAUUAUCUGAAACAGCUAUCACACUGGGCGUGACAUCUUCUGAGAACACCUCUGCAGACAAAACAGUCAUUGUGACCAGCACUCUGACUUACAUCGCUAAGCGAACUGACAAUACACGUAAAGUGUUCUGUAGAGCGAGUAAUAUACUGGGCAACAUAAAGAAAUUAACUAGGGAAAUACUGCUGAAUAUAGAGUAUCCACCACUAGACAGUCCAGGUAUACAAGGGGUAUCAGGUACCGAAGGGUACAAGAUGAUACGUAACUCAGGCACCCUACAAGAGCUCACAUGCAGUGUCACUGGUGGUAAUCCCCUAGCACAGUUGACAUGGACCUGCUACAAUGGGAACCAGACUGAAUCAACACAGGAUGACACGGUUACCAGAAGGGUCACAUGGACUGCUGGAAUGAACAUAGACUCAGUGUGUAGAUGCACUGCGUCACAUACAAGCUCUACUUGGUCCAGGGAGGCGUCUAUUGCUGUAACUUCACUAUACUCUCCAUCUGAUAUCCAGUGCACUGUUGGUUCAGCCACAUUGACAUCUGGGACCAUCCGUGUAAUGCAAGGCAGAACCUUCUACAUCGCAUGUACUAGUACCGCUAAACCGACAGCACAGUACAAGUGGACCUUGCCAAAUGGAUUAACAUACACAAACCCAUCCAUCUCAGUGUCCGGAGCUACCGGUACAUACAUUUUGUCGGUGUGGAAUACCAUGGUGCCUUCAGUGGGAAAUGCUGUUAAUGGCACUGCAAGUACUGCGUUCAAUCUGGACAUUUUAGUUCAACCCUCUACACCUGCAUUCUACUACGUGAAUGGUGCCCAGCAAACUGUGAUAAAUACCAGUCAGUUGAAAGAGAUCCAGGGGACAAGUUUUACAUUGAUCUGCAAUGCUACUGGCAACCCACAGCCCACGUCCAGCUGGAGUGGUGGAGCCUCUAACACAUGGGAUAUUACUGCAGUGAACAACAUCAGCAAUACAUGUAUAGCAAGAAACACAUUGAACCCAACAGGCUAUCAAUCUGAGCCCCGACAGAGUGAGACUAAACUGGAUGUUAUAGUGCUCACUCCACCUGGAGUUAUUACCUGUUCAGUUGGUACAGCCAGAUUUACAACCGGACCAGUCUAUGUCAUCAGAGGAUCAACCUUCAGUAUCAGCUGUGAGAGCACAAGUUACCCGCCUCCAUACAAAUACACAUGGACAUUGCCCAGUGGUUCAACUGAGUCUGGCUCCACAUUCACUAUGCAGAAUAUCCAGUCAGUAAACAACAAUAUAUACAGGAUUGAAGUGAACAACAGUAUGGUGCCAACUGUUGGUGCAAGUAGAGAUGGAACAUACAGCUCAUUGCUGAAUGUUCACUUAUUAUAUGCUCCAACUAUUCAACCAAAGAUAUAUACACAAGGGAUCGAUACACCAUCAGUUAAUAAUGACAGCUAUAUAUCAGCGGUCGAGAACGAUAGUUUCAGUGUGUACUACGAUAUUGACAAUGGAAAUCCAAAUGCCACCACAUUAGGUUGGACAAGGAAAAGUACAACUAGUGUUAUUUCUGUCAGUAAGGUGUUGUCAUUCAAUAGAAUACAGCGCAUUGCGGCCGGUAUCUAUACAUUUACUGCCUCCAAUUUAAUGAUGCCUACAGGACAUAACGAGCAAAAAGGAGAAGCCAUGAGAACAGUUUACAUCAACGUCAAAUAUCCAGCUGAGACAAUGUCAUUUUAUGCCAACAAUGUAAUGGAUAAAACAACGAUAACAGCCACCAAUGGGGAUGAUCUACGCAUAGUGUGUACAACAGACAGUAACCCAAUGUCACAGAUACAGUUGCUGCUUGGUGGGAGAUCCAUUAACGAAACAUUGAACAGACAACUAGACUUCAACAAAGCCAACACCUCGUGUGAAUACGACAUGGGCGAAUAUACAUGCAUGGCACAGAAUGAGUUGAAUACAGUGGCAGUGAUGAGGAGACUGCAAUACUUUGUAAAGUGUACACCACGUUUGUCUCCCUUUGUUUCAACCAUCACCAAUGUCACAGGUCGUCUGCACAUGCCUGGAAUUAUCCCAAUAUCAGUCAUAGCUUAUCCAGAACCAACAUUUGUGUGGCAAAAACUCAAUGUCUCUAACUGGCAGACAAUAGCUGACACAAGUCGAGUGUUUAUCGCCACAUCGACAAAUAGACUUCAGUCUAAUGUAAUCAUAACCAAUGUGGCACAAGAGGACUUCGGAACCUAUCGCGCCAUUGUAAAUAAUUCCGAAGGUGGAGCAACUUUUGAAUUAAUAUUUCAGAGUUCUGAUGAAGUCUCGUCCGAAGUAUCCUCGCCCAUUGCAGGAAUCGUAGGCGGGGUAGUAGGAGGAACACUUUGUCUUAUUGCAGCUAUUGUCGCCGUGAUCGUUGUGUUUCGAAAAUAUCGUAUAACAUGCGCAUUUGCAGUUGAACGAAAACAUACAAGAACAGACAAAACUUGCAACUUAUAUGAAACUUCAACAAAUCGUCUAGACAUGACUGAUCAUCUAUAUUCUGGAGUUCAAGGCCUGCACACAGACAAUGAUACUGCACAUGGCACAGUUGUCUACGAAAAUACAUCAAUAACACCGACUGCUGACCAAUACCAACUUUUAGCACAAAAUGAGUACAUGAACAUUUUGGUGCGAUAAACGAUUCUUAUUGCGGCAUACUAUGAAAACACACCAAAACACUGGAAACACGUUGAAAACAAAAGUGUGUCAGGGAACUUUGUUUAUGCAUUUUUUUUUUUAAAUCUUAUAUCGUUUUACUCUUCAAUGUACUACCAUAUAUAUGAUUAUAUUUAACUUUUAUGUUUUAUCUUCCUAUGGCGUUAUGCAGGCACCUAGAUUGUGUUGAAUCCUUAAUUUAAUACUCUUUACACCACGAAGAUUAGCCUUGUAGUGAAUGUUUCUUGUUGAAAAAAUGCCUUUUGCAUUACUGAGUUAAAUGCUUAAGGGCUAAAGCAUAACCACAGCGAAACACGCACACGAUAAAAAUUGUUUAUAUACAUGUACCUAUGAUUGAAAUGGUGUAUACUCGCUUGUGACAACCGUACUUGAAGGUUCUUGUUGAAAUAGCAUAGCGCUUCCAUUUAUAGACGGAUUAUUUUAUGUGUAUGCUUAUGACUUUAUAAUCUAUGCUCUAAUGUUUUAAAGUGACCUUUUCACGUUUUGAUUAAUUGACCAAAUAUGUAUCAGAUUAGCACAUUUUCGUUCUAGUUAUGUUGUUUUUGCUAGGAAACCGUAUACUGAACAUGCUUUAAAAUAUCAAUUACAUGCAUCUUAUGACGAUUUAAAAAACUGAAACUGAUGAAGCGUUGAAAACGCGAAACAAUUGUAUAAUUUGGAAAGUUCUGUUGUUAUCGUUAUAUUUUAUGACCUUACAAGGAUUGUUCUUAUUAGGAAUACAAUACUAAAAGUGUUAUGUCAGCUCGGAUGGUCGAGUGGUUGAAGCGUUAAACUUUUACUCCAAGUGUCAGUUGUUUGAACCCAGGUGUGGAUUACUUGUUUUCUUUCUUUAAUUUUAUUUGUGUUAUAUACUCACUAAUACUGUAACUCUUUAGUUCCGAUGUUUUACGUUUAUAAAUUUAAGGCAUUUAAUGACAAACUACAAAACAUGCCUUUUAAACGAUUUUCGAGACUUUCGACGCUAGUUCACUACUGUUUGAAGUGUGCUAUUCGAGCUUCACGUGUUGGCCUUCAUGAUGUUAUUGUUUGUUUGCAUAGGAGAAUUUAAUAAGAUUGUUCGGUUUGUGAAAAUUCUGGAUUAGAUGUGAGCCCUCUCAUCAUUUUGAACUUCCAAUGCUUUGUAUGGUCCGUUAUAAAAUGAUGAACCUAAAUACAUGUUUACAUGUAUAAUUAGUUUAACGCUCUUUAUUUUAGCUCGUUUGCAUAGCAAGCCUUAGGCUUAUUUGAAACUUUUGGGUCUGUUUUCUGGGACUACAACCAGUACUUGGUGCCUAUGGGAGAAAUUUAAAGAACGCUCGAACUGUGGUGAUCAACCACUUGACCUUCCGAUCGCAAGGCGGACACCAUAUCCACUACACCACUGCGACCUACAUGUAUAUGUUCAUAUGUUUAUAAUUGGUAUUCUGUUAGAGGAUAAGAACGAGAAUUUCUCUCUUGAUAAAGUUUCUGGAGUUUUAUUGUUUGCUUUACGGAAUAUAUAUGUAUACAAAACAAUGACUAUAAAACUAAAGGAUGCAAUGUUUAUAAUAUUGUUUCUGUGGUUCAAAACGCAUAAAAUAUUUGUCCACUGUAUCUCAGUCAGACUUUUUAUUUUCGAUGUUUUUAAAUUGUAGCCAAUAAACCUGUAUAUCCAGACAAAUUUCUUUAUUUUUUAUCCUCAUGUAUGUGUUAUUAUCAAUAAGUUGUAGUGGUUAUGACUUUCAAAUAUACUAGUUCAUAGUACACACAUCACACACUAGGCAGCGUUCCAUUUGUUAUUCAUCCUUUAAUGGUGUUACUGAUAUUGUGAGACAAACCUUACUAAAAGCAGAGCUUGGUAAAUUGCAAGAAACAAGUUCCGAUACUGCUCACUCUUAUGAAAGACCUUUUAAAAGUAUUUGUUUUAAAGCGCUGUCUGGUCCAACUGUUGGAAUAUGUGAAUGAACCAGAACGCGUUGCUCAAUAUAGAACCUUGCUUAUUUGGCAUCAUGAUUCUGUUUGACUGUGUAAGAAAGUUUCGAUUAUCUCGACAAUGAAGUUUAUUUGUGUUCAAUUGAUGGAAUAAAAUGCAGACUUUUAUAGUCCACUUGGAGGAAGAUUUCCUGAUUCGCAAGUUUAAGUUGCAGAUUUUCUGAUUAGUACAUAAUGACUCAGUAAAAAGAGAAUUAAAAUAUAAACAAUAAAGGCGAAUUAUCACUUCUUUAGAUGAAAUACUAUUGGACUGUUAUUGUUCUCUGGUUGAUGUUCCUGAAGUUUAAGUUUACCAUAAUUUCAUAGAUAAUGUUAUUUAAUAAACAUGUUGUCUUAUUAGCUAUAAAUAUUUUAUUUACUAAAAACAUUUGUAAUCGACAUAUAUGUUCGUAAUUAGUACAUAUUCACUAGAUUAUAUCAACACUUUCUUCUUUCGUUGCCAUCAUAUUCACAAUUAUAAAUUAUUUCGUCCAAAUUAUGAAUAUUAAAAUAUUGAUGGAUAAUAAAAGGAUAAUUCAUACAUGUUUUGUUACAAAGAGUGUGUUAGAGUUUUCUGAAUUAAAAUAUAUGUUUUGCUGUUACAUCGUUUUUUUAAAAACAAGAUACCUUUGAAAUUAAUGAAGGUUUUUUAGCUCACCUGAUGGCUCAGGUAUGCUAGUGUGAUCAGUCUUUGUCUGUCGUCUGUCCGUCCGUCGUCCACAUUUGUUUGUAAACACUCAAGAGGCCAUAUUUCUUGUCCAAUCUUCAUGAAACUUGGUCAGAAACUAGGUCACUAUGUCAAAAAUAAAUCUUGUAAACACCGUUGCAGUCACAUUUCAUGUUACUUUGUCAAAAUGUUUCUCUUUAUGAUAUGUUUGUCGAGUUCAAAAGUGGUUCCGGUCCGUUGUAAAACAUGGCCCUUCAGUGGGCGGGGCAGUUUUCCUUAUUUGGCUAUAGAGAAACCUUGUAAACACUCUAGAGGCCACAAUUCUUGUCCGAUCUUCAUGAAACUUGGUCAGAAGAUUUGUCCUAAUAAUACCUCGAUCGAGUUUGAAACUGGGUCAUGCUGGGUCAAAAACUAGGUCACUAGGUAAAAAAAAAGAAAAACCUUGUAAACACUGUAGAAGUCACAUUUCAUGCCCAAUCUUCAUGUAACUUUGUCAAACUGUUUGUCUUAAUGAUAUGUUGGCUGAGUUUAAAACUGGUUCAGGUCCGUUGAAAAACUUGGCCGCCAGUGGGCAGGGCAGUUUUCCUAAUUUGGCCAUAGAGAAACCUUGUAAACACUCUAGAGGCCACAUUUCUUGUCCAAUCUUCAUGAAACUUGGUCAGAAGAUUUGUCCUAAUGAUACCUUGAUUGAGUUCGAAACUGGGUCAUGCUGGGUCAAAAUCUAGGUCACUCGCUCGAAAAAAUAUAAAAACCUUGUUAACACUGUAGAAGUCACAUUUUAUGCCCAAUCUUCAUGUUGCUGUGUCAAAAUGUUUGUCUUAAUGAUAUGUUGAUUGAGUUCAAAAGUGGUUCCGGUCCGUUGAAAAACAUUGCCGCCAGUUGGCGGGGCAGUUUUCCUUAUUUGGCUAUAGAGAAACCUUGUGAACACUCAAGAAGUCACAAUCAUUGCCCAAUCAUCAUGAAACUUGGUCAAAACAUUGGUUUUAUUGAUAUCUCGGACGAGUUCGAAAAUGGUCCAGAUCGGUGGAAACAAAACAUGGCCGCCAGUGUGCGGGGCAGUUUUCUCUAUAUGUAUAUAGUGAAAACAUGUGAACACUCACAAAGUCACAUUUUUGGCCCAAUUUUCAUGAAAUUAGGUCAAAUCAUUUGUUUCCUAGAUACGAGAGUUGAGUUGGAAAAUGGAUCCGGUUCGUUUAUAAACAUGGCUGCCAGGGGGCGCAUUUUCCUUAUAGAUAUAAAGUAAAAAAAAAGCUUGUGAACACUCUAGAAGUCACAAUUUUUCCCAAUCAUCAUGAAACUUGGUGAAAACAUUUGUUUUAUUUAUAUCUCAGAUGAGUUAGAAAACGUUCACAAUCUGUUAAAACACAUGACCGCCAGGGGGGGUGGGCAGUUUUCCUUAUAUGACUAUAGAGAAAACUUGUGAACACUCUAGAAUUCACAUUUUUUGCCCAAUCAUCGUGGACCUUAGUCAAGACAUUGGUUUUAUUGAUAUCUCGGACAAGUUGGAAAAUGGCUCAAAUUGGUGAACAAAACACACUUUUUAGUUCACCUGAUUGCUCACAUGAGGUUUUAGGAUCGGUCUUUGUCCGUCGUCCUAUGGUCCGCCCACAUUUGGUUUGUAAACACUCUAGCAUUCACAUUUUUCAAGCAUUCAAAACUGCUGAGAAGCUAUAUGGCCACAAGAUCUGAGUCAAGUUUGAUAAUGAGCAAAAUUGCAUAGUAAAUGCCAGAAUUAUUGCCCUUUAGAUUGUCAAAAUGUUCAUGAUAUUAUACAAAAUCCUUGUUAACACUCUAGAGGUCACAAUUUUGUCAUAAUAUUUAUUUUGUAACCAAAGUUUGAUGUUUGGUCAUGAGGGGUCAAAAUAUAGGUCACCAGGUCAAAUUUUACAAAAACCUUCAAUAAUGAUGGAGUUUGACCAGGAUGUUUGUCUGGACAAUCUCUAGGUCAAGUUUGAUGUUCGGUAAUGAAGGGACAAAAUCUAGGUCAUGGGAUGUUAUCUUACAAAAACCUUGUAAACACACUAGAGGCCAUAGUUUUGGUCCAAAAAUGAUGAUACUUGACUGGAAUGUUUUUCUUGAUGAUAUCUACGCAAAGUUUGACAUUGGGUCAUGUGGGUUCAAAAUCUUGUUCACAAGGUCCAAAUCUUACAAACACCUUGCAAACACAUGUAGAAUUAGCAUUACUUGCAAAUGUUUGCAUUGCAAAAAAAACAUGCAAAUGGACAGUACUCAAUCAGAAUUAAUCAUAUACUCACAUUGCAAAAGUAAACAGAAGAGAACCAAUCUAAUAUGUUCUAGAGUACUGAAUUUUUAACUAAGCAAUAAACAAGGCCUUGUACAAAAAAGGUGAGCAAACUAGGGCCAUCUUGUUGUUAUACGGAUUACUAUACUGAUAAAAAGUGUCAUAAUUUCAAUAACAAUACAGUGUCGUGUUCAGUUGAUCUUAAUAGCCAUUAGUUUCAGUGAUGAACUUUAAACUACCAUUUGUCCACAUUUGCCUGGGAAGUCUGGAAGGUCUGAACCUCAGGAAGUACUAUGUUACCGCAUUAUUAAAGUAGCCAGCAGGGACUUGAACUCUUGUUGCUGUUGAUUUACAACCUACAAAAAUGGAGGAAAGCGAAAAACCUCUUUCGCAAGAGAGUAGAUAUUGGUUAAGUUAGUUUUGUUGUACUACCAGUUAUUUAUGUUUGAAACAUUAAAACCAUGAAAUGAUUUAUGAUACACAUAUAAAUUACUACGAUAAUGCUUCUAUAAACAUUACAUACAUUCUGAUUAUUGUUCACAAUAGUUGAAUAACCAUAUAUGCAAGGUACGGUUACAACUGUUUUACCAUAGAUAUGAUCGUUAAUUUGUAUUUUAGACGAUAAACGUUAAUGCAAGACUGGUGGUUUCGAACCUUAUUCUCUAUUCUGUAAAGACUGUCACCUUAAGGAUUCCGAUUACAUGUUGUAUUCAAUUAUCGAAGAAUAAAGACAUUUGCUCUACUAUAAAUCUCACAUUUACAAUAAAACGAUUUACACGCAAACGAGUCGUAUCUGGAGUAACUUGUCUAACCAAUACCUCCAUGAAAUGGUCAACCCAUGAACUGUAGAUCGAGUUUUGUAUGUCAAAUAAUUAAAUUUUGCUAAAAUUGCCAUAAAUUAAUUCAUUUAUGAUCAGAUUUGAUUCAUACUAUGACAAAACAACCCUUACCUUACAUACCACAAUAGACUCCACCUUAACCAUCCCCCACACCCCACCCCAGUAUACCCCCCAUAAAAAUCCAUAUUUUUCUUAUUUUUAAAAGAUCAUCUUAUAAAUGACCACACCCCCACACUAUACCCCCUCUCAACCCUCCACGCUCAACCCCACCCCCGACUUCCCCCCUUAACAAAAAUAUUUUUUUUAAACACGGUUUAAAAAACAAAUAUUUAUUGUUAUUAUGUGUAUAGAAUUAUGUUCGGUUCUGAUGAACAAUUUAUAUAGAAAGUCCAGUUGUAAACUUGUUAAACAAAUUAAACGGGUUAAUAUGGCCAGUUAGUUUGUAGGACAGCAUAAUUUUGUUUAUACUGCUACACGCUGUGUAUGCGGAUACUUUGAUUUGAUUGCACUCAGAUUGAUUGUUAAUUGCUUGUUGUAACUUAAUUUUUACAAGCUUAAAAAGCUAAAUACAUGUCGUUCUUAGCAUUAUUUUAGAAUAGUUAUAGGUACUAAGUUUGAAUAUUUUAAUACUGAAUAAUCUCAAACAAGGUGCAAUAUAGAUGUUUUGUGUCAUGUAUAGUUGUCUUUCUUAAAGUUGAAUUGAUGAAAGUGCUCAAAUCUGUGAUAAUAAUAUAUUUCUAUCUAAUUAUGUCUUCCUAUGUCACACAACACUUUAUCUCAAGGGUCGCAAUAGCAAUAAGUGUUUUUCAAACGCUUUUUUGUGUCAUCCUUGAUAUAUAAUGAUGGUUGUCAUGGCUUCACUCAUGUUUUUGUUUAAUUCAUGCAUGUUUCUCUCUUAUUUAAGAACAUGUGUGUGUUAUACUUGUAUUGCCAUGUAUUCUGCCAUUAUAUAUAGAAAUAAAUCAAUAAAUCAAAA